AUCGUUUGGAUCUUAUCUUAUCUAUGUGACACUCGCUGGAAGAAAAGGCUGGAGGGGCCACACAGAGAAGGGGAUUAACCGAGAGCUGCCCCCCGAUCCGCCGCGUCCUGACACGGGAGAGCCCCGCGCACACCUCGCCCCCUUUAUCUUCCAUCUUUCCAGGGGCGCACGGACGAGUAGCCCUGGCUCCACUUGCGCCACUAUCUGCCCAUCUUUUGUCUCCGCAUCGCUGGGAUCGCACGGGAGGCUGAGCGGUCCUCGCAGCAUCAGCACCAGCAGCAGCAUCCCUCCCGUUCCUCUCUUUGCGUUCUAAUCGGCUGAUCUCCAUCUUCAAUGCAAAACAUUUCCCUGCUUGACGUUUGACCCCCCCCCCCCACCCCCCGAGUCAAUCCCAUGUUGCAAGCUCCCGGCUGAAAAAGUAAAACUACCACUUUCUUCCUGUUCUUUUCUUUUCUUUCGUUUCUUCCUCUGAUGAGUGUUUGUCCGCUGGAAUAUGAGUUAAUCUGGAGGCUCCGCUCAAGAGCGUCUCUAAGUUCGUUUCAAGACAAAUCUACAUCUCAACUCUUUGUCCAGGUUCUUCAGGAGAAGUGACACCAACACCGGAGAAUAAAAAUGAUGCUGAGCCCGGACCAGGCCGAGUCGGACCUCUCCUGGACUCAGUCCGACCCGGAGACCAUGCUCAACGGCCUCAGGUCGGCCGGCUGCGCCUCGGACGACCCGACGGAGGGCGAGGACCGAGCCAAGUGCAAAUCCGAUCAGCCGCUGAGCCGGGAGGAGAAGCGGCGGCGGCGGAGGGCCACGGCCAAGUACCGCUCGGCCCACGCCACCCGGGAGAGGAUCCGGGUGGAGGCGUUCAACGUGGCCUUCGCGGAGCUGAGGAAGCUGCUGCCCACCUUACCCCCCGACAAGAAACUGUCCAAGAUCGAGAUCCUCAGACUGGCUAUCUGUUACAUCUCCUAUCUCAACCACGUGUUGGACGUGUGAGAGCCACCCCGGACUCACCCCCUGCACCCCGGGGUGACAGCAGGGUUGGCUGGUGCUGGACUCCAGAGGCGCACGCUGGGCAUCAGCUGAUGGGUAUGGCAUUGUUGGCAGUAGACUCCUGAAGGAUAGAAGCACAUGUCCGGUGUUUUUAUGGCUUUCACUUUGUUCCAUUUGAAAAUUCAUCCAUGCAGAAUUUAUUUUUUGGGGGGGGGUGGAUGUGCAGAAAAUGCAUUUCAGACUUUUUUCAAUCUCGAACCUUCAAACUAGAACAAAAAUCCCGAUUGGCUCAAUAUCUGUGACUCGUCGCAUCUCAGAGAGUUUUAGGACAACACCGUGAAAUAGUUGAAAUUAAAAAAUUGUCCUGAAUAAUCCCGGACACUGGGACUCUGCCAUACCUCAGCUGUACAUGUGUGAGUCCAGUGUUGUUUCUGUUGUGUGUUUUAUUGAUGGCAGCGUUGGUGCAAAGUUGCUCCAAGUUAAAAAAAAAAAAAAAGCCUCAACUUUCAGCCCCCGACCGCUCACUGAACAAAACAAAAGCAACAAGCGCACAGUCGUUUGUUUUAGAUGCAAUAAUGACGAGAGGGAUGGAGGAUGAGGAGACGGAAUAUGAGGAAGGGUCGUCAGGAAUAUCAAGGAUCUGGUUUUCACAGAAACUUUCCUUUCCCACAUUGAGUCGCCCCCUUUUUUUAAAAUAAUUUCAAUCCUGCAUUUAAAGUCAGAAAUGUAUAUAAAAAAAGAAGUGAGUCCUCUCCUCAAUUUUUAAUUUCCAAUGCUGAUAAAACACGAAAUGAAAGGAUGUAAACGACAUAGCUGCUUUAGAUCUAGUUUAGUUAUUUUCCAUCAAGGAAUAAAAAAAAAGAUUCACUGCGUAAGUGCCACUUAUGACAUAUAAAAUUGUGACCUUAAUCAUUUUUUAAAAAG